AUGCAACCACUCAACCCCUUCCUAGCCGCCUUCUUUAAGAGCUCGGUAGCCGCCCAGUGCACGCCAGUCCAUCACCACAUCCUCCUCGUCCCGCUAACGGAUGUCCUCAUAACACAUCGCGAGACCGAGAGUGGUGCGCCCUCAAACGAGGUUAUCGCCUCGGAGGAGUUCCUAGCCAGCCAUGUGCUGCGCAUCCCGCCGCCCGGAACCGGCCCAGGCGUCAAGGAUGGCGUGCCCAAUCUAAGGGAGGUGAGGGGCAAGGCCAAGCAGCUGUUGACUGUCAAUGGGAGAAGCGUCAUCAUCAAGGACUCAUAUGUGUAUAGUAACAAGGGUUUCAAAUCAUUGGCGCAAGCACAGGUCCUCAGCGACAACACCUACUACCCGGACGUAUUCGAGCCCCGACAAUGGCUCCUCUACUUCAUAUCGAAACCUCUCGUCGGGACGUGGGAGGAGGUCAAGAUCAUACCUGCCGUACUGUCCUCCAGCACCAGGCAGCGCAGAGCAUCGGAGCAAGCAAAGGCAGUCAAACCCGACUCGCAAGUCGACUCGAUACCCAAGAAAAAGGAAAUUCAAAGCUUCCAUGACCUUCUGAAUCAUUUUCCCAUGAUCGCGCGACAGAUGCACCCGGGCCUGGAGAAGCUGUUCCUCGAAUUCACAAACGUCUUUCAGAAACCGCUACCGCCUCCACCAUCGUCCGAGAGCAUACCAGAUCCGAUGCCUGAAGGGCCCAUUGCUUCGGCGACGAAAAAAGCGAGAUCCAAUAGUGUCUCGAAACAUACCGAGGCAGGGGACCGACCCCUGCUUGUCCAGAACGAUUACUAUGCAGAUGAUGACGAGGUCAUCAUGAGGGCAUCGCUUGAAUCGGCAGUCACGGCGGCCAUUGACCUCUUCCAGGGGGUUGACAAGCAGCAAUUGUCUCUUUUAGGUGCGACGACCGAUCUGACAGGACCUCUGGUGGAAAAACUCAUCGAGCGAUAUGUCACGGAAAACGUGCACCAUCUGGUAUUCCCGAAGCUAAACCAACUUAAACGACCCGAAGACUUGGAGCUAGAGGCCAAAAUCAGACAGAUGGAGUUCAUCGACAUCUCUCAGUUGGGCAUCGCCAUUGAAGGGGGCAUUCCAGGCAAACAUGACCUCGUCAUCCAGCUCGGCGCCGCGGUGGAAGAAUUCAGGAAGAUGAUGGCGGCCAUGAGUCCCCAAGAGAUGAUGGACCUCCUCCUGUCGACCAUGAAGAUUGUCUCUCAGCUCACCGAGCGCCAACCGAACGACAAGGCUGUUGAAGCGACGUCCGAGAAAGCGAUCAUGACGGUGAACGCAGACACCCUUGUGUCGUUGCUGCUAUACGUUGUCAUCAGGUCUCAAGUACGGCAUCUUCAGGCCCGCCUUACCUAUAUCCGCAGCUUCAUCUUUAUCGACGAUGUCGACAGUGGCGAGUUGGGAUACGCAGUCAGCACAUUUGAGGCGGUUUUGACGUACUUGGCCAUGGACUCGUCAGGGUUGCGACGUGCGAGCCGACGGAACAAGGCGUUAUGGGAUGCCGCCAAAGAAGGCAAAAUGCAUGACCUGAGAAACAUUAUCGAACCAAGCUCAUCAGCCUUGCACGAGGGCCAUGAGUCGCCCGAGUCGCCGAGAUCCAGGAGACCUUCGGUGUCAUGGAGCAUACCGAACGGUCAUGCACGCCGAUCCUCGUGGACGUAUACGAUACCCGACUCGUUCUCUGAUGGAUCCGGGCUCAGCCAUGUCUUUCCGUUUCAGUCUGGAUCCGGGGUUAAUGAUGAAAGCCCUACGGUACCCUUUAAGCGUGUGAAGCGUGUCGCGAUGGACACUCGAAGCAUGUCAAGUGGCUCAGAGAUAUCGUUCCAUUCGCGGACAGCAAGCCUUGCGAGUAUUGGCAGCGCUCUGGAGGGCGACAUCUCAGUUGAGCGCCUGACCCAAACUAAUGAUGGGUUUGGCGAGUCGAUCCCAAUGAUGGCGAUACAAAACGGGCGCCCAGCUAUUCUGAAGUAUCUUUUGACUCUGGACGAGUACUAUCCACUAGCGAACCUCCUAGUCGACAUGAACAGCGAGAAUGUGACGUUGCUCAGUGCUGCUGUUCAGCUAAACAACGUGGAAGUUUUGGACACGCUUUGGAAUUUCAUCUCGGAUGGGGCAAGCGAAGAGGAGCUCAUCAGGUAUGUUGCUCUGCAAGAUAUCUGGGGACGCAGUGUCGGACACUACUUGUUCAACGCUCCAUGGAUGAUGGACCGCCUUGGACACCUCAUUCCGUGGCGACAGCGAGACAAGAACGGGCAGACGCCUCUGUUUGCAUUGUGUCGCUCCUAUGAUCACUCCAACUACCACGACAUGGUAGAGCAAGGGCUGGCCGCAGCGCGACAAGCGCAGCAUGACGGGGAACCCCUUCACAUUGAGGAGCACGUUGACAACAAGAGCAACUCCUUGCUACACAUCAUCAAUGAUCCUCUCUUGGCCCUGAUGAUUCUGCGCUACUGCGAUGUAGACGUGAACGCGACUAAUGAGAAACGUUUCACCCCGCUGAUGCUGGCAAGCAAAUACGGCAGGUAUGAUAUGGUCAGGGUGCUGUUUGCUGACCCUCGUGUCGACACUGCCGCGAAGGAGCUUCGGGGGCUCACGGCAGUUGAGCUUGCCAAAGACGACGAUGUUCGCAACCGUAUAGACGACCUGGGUCUGUUCACAAUGGUCCCUGGCAAGGAUGGGCGGAUAACGGGUGUGGUGAGGGCGUUCUUCGUGGAGGACGGGAGCGUGAGGCUCGUUCUCAAGUCGGCAGUGCCCACGGAUCGCGACAGCUACACCGUGACGUCCAGCAGGAGGUCGCUGUCAGACUUUGAGCAGCUGAUACAGCUCCUAGGGGAGGAAAGCCCAGCUUCGUGGCUGCCCACUGCUACCGAUACGCGGUCACCGUUCCAGAUUCCCUCGAAGCCGUCGAGAGCCAUCCUGCGCGAUAUCCACGCCAAGACCGAUUCUGCACUGAAGGUCUUACUGAAUCAUCCGACCUUUGCGACCCAUGAAAUGUUGUGGGAGUUCUUUCUGGUGCCUGAGUUGCAACUAGACACGAUGCGCGAGCGCUCAAAGCUCAAGGCCGAGACGCGGAUGGAGCGCGUGAGGGACGAGUACGAACCGGUUGUGGACAUGCGCGAGGUUGAGCAAUUUGUGAAUCAUGCGCGCGAGAUGGUCAGGGGUGUGAGCUACUCGACAAAGUCUGUCACACGGCGAGCCAACAGCGUGGGCCUCGCCGCAGCGGACAUGUAUGAUGCGUCAGUGCUCCUACACAGAGCAGUUUCGACCCUCAAAUUCCUGCCCAGGACACACAUGGACGCCUUUGAGUCCUAUGUUCGCGCCCUAACGCCCACACAGAAGAACCCUCAGGUCAUCCUCCACACCUCGUUGCUGGGCGUUCAGUCCACUGUGCAGGGUCUCUUGUCCGCUCUAUCGCGACCGACGACUCUGAUCAGCCAGAUACAAGCUGCCAAAAGAGAAGCAGAUCGCAACUACAGCGCCGCCGUCCGGCCAUCCAGGUGGCCGCUCGGCCUUUUGGACGACACACGACAACGCAUGCAAGAUGAGAAGGAAGAGCGCGCAAAGGCCUCGAGACAGGAGGCUAACUAUCUGUCGCGAGAAUUACGGUACACACAGCAGACUGUGGCAUCUGAGCUGGCGGGAUGGCAGAGCAUGCACGACCAUAUGGGUAAACGUCUCAUCCGGGAUUACGUACGAGGCAUGGUCGUUCAGGAAAGGAACCAACUGGACGGCCUGAUGCGCGCGCUGCGCAAAGUCAGGGGUGUGGCCGUAGAAGGCAAAGACAGGGAAUGGGGUGUGCUCAACUCGCCCGAGCUUAGAGUACAGGACAGGGAGAUGGCGGAGGCGGCACCGGAGCCCAAGAGGGAUGUCGUCGACACAACAGCGGCAAAAACAGCAGCAGCAGCAGCGACGACUACGAGCAGCGAGCAUUCAUAA